AUGGAAGCUAUGAGUCCCGCAGUGAAAGCGAUUGGAUCCUCGGAAGUUUUACUGGACGGCGAGCUCAAGCCAGCAGUAGUGAUCUUCUCCGAGGAAACCGGCAAAAUCGAGGCGAUUAUUGAGGGUCCGUGCGAGCAGUACCUGGACGUGUGCGGCCCUGAAGCCGCAAAGGAAUUCCGGGACGUAACGCCGCUGGUGGUAAUGCCCGGACUUGUAGACACCCACGUACACUUGGACGAACCAGGGAGGGUCCACUGGGAGGGGUUCCAGAGCGGGACGCAGUCCGCGGUCAGCGGAGGCGUGACGACUGUGGUAGAUAUGCCCUUGAACUCGAUUCCGCCGACAACCACGAUGGCGAACUUCGACGCGAAGAAGAAGGCCGCGCAGGGCCGGUGCUGGUGCGAUGUUGCCUUCUGGGGCGGCCUGGUGCCGGGAAACCUGGAGGAGCUGCGACCGCUAGCGGAGGCAGGCGUGCGCGGCUUCAAGGGCUUCCUCAUCGACUCUGCGACGCCCGAGUUCCAAGCAAUCGACCGCCCCACGAUCGAGGCGGCGAUGGCGACGCUACAGGGCUACCGCACGGUGCUGCUCUUCCACGCGGAGCUAGACGAGGUGCCAGCGCUGCCCACGCCUCCAGAGGACCCGACGCUGUAUAGCUCGUUUCUUGAGACCAGGCCCGACCGUCUGGAAGUGGACGCUCUGAACUUGAUUGUGAAGUGUCUCGAGCGCGCUACCUGCCGCCUGCCUGGUCCACCGCCGCCGGUGCACAUCGUGCAUAUGUCAUCCAAGCACGCAUUACCGGUGCUCGAGCGCGCACGUGCGGCGGGCCUGCCCAUCUCCGCGGAGACCUGCUUCCACUAUCUUACAAUGGAUGCGGAAACGAUCCCCAAAGGCUCGACCCUGCACAAGUGCUGUCCGCCUAUCCGCCCCCACGAGAACCAGGCGCAUCUGUGGAAUGCGCUGCGAAACGGCGUCCUGAGCAGCGUCGUCAGCGACCACUCCCCCUGCGAGCCUGAGAUCCGGUGCUGCGACAGUGGUGACUUUCUGCAGGCGUGGGGCGGUAUCUCGUCCCUAGGCCUUGGACUGUCGCUCAUCUACAGCAAGGGCGCCACGCUCCCGGAGAUCGCCCGCUGGUGUGCAGAAAACACCGCGCUCCAAGCGGGCCUCGGUCACCGCAAGGGCUUCAUCCGCGCUGGGUACGACGCCGAUCUCGUACUCUUCGACCCGCGCGAGCGCCACACCAUCUCCAACUCGCAACUACAUUUCCGCCACAAGAUGACCUCGUUCCACGGCACCGAGGUCGUCGGCCGCGUGCGCCAGACCCUGCUCCGUGGCCGCGUCGUCUACGACGCCGCCAAGGGUCCCUCGCCGGCCCCCGCGGGCACCCUGCUCCUAGAUCCCAUCAUUUAG